AUGGCCGAGGGCUGGCGCUGGGCCGGGCCGGGCCGGGGCGCCCCGCGGCCGAGCCCCCGCCGCGCCGUCAGCGUCUGCGAGUCGCUGGACUUGCAGGGCGUCCCCGCCGUCCAGGCCGCGCUCGGCGCCGCGCAGCAGCAGCGCCGGCGGCCCAAGAGCUUCUGCGCGGCGGGGAACGGGCUGUCCGGGGCGCUGCUGCCGCCGCCGCCCCCCGCCCGCGCCCGCGGCCGCCUCCUGGAGCUGCUCCGGCUGCGCUCGCCCCGCAGGCAGAGCCCCGAGGCGGAGGGCGACGGCCCCGACGAGGCGCAGCGCCCGCGGCCCAGCAGCAUGACCUUCCUGCCCAGCGCCCGGCCGCCGCACGCCGCCGAGAGCCCCGGCUUCCUCCGGGGGGGCUCCCUGUGGGGCAGCCGCCGCUGGAACAUCUUCGGCGGCAGCGGCUGGAGCGGCUCCAGCCCCAGGAAGAACUUCAGCUCCCUGCGGAAAAGCUUCAGUUUCCGCCUGCGCCGGGGCCACGAGCUGCGGCGCUCGGAGUCCGGGGGGCUCCUGCGCCCCACGCGCCUCCGCACCAAGAGCGAGGGCGAUGCCAGCUCCCUGCACACCUGCCCCAGCAAGCGGGACCUGCUGUACCCCGAGCUGGCCAGGGUCGGGGGCCGGCUGCACACCGACCCCGUGCAGACGGGGGGACUCUGGAAGCUCCUCACGAGCCGCUUCCGAAGGCGAGAGCGUGGCAGCACUGGCAGCGUGUGCCCCAAGGAUGCCCAUGGCAGUGUCGAGCCUGCCCUCCUGGCUGGGGGUCCUCUGCGGGCUCUGGAUUCGUUUGUGAACAGCCAGGAAUGGACCCUCAGUCGCUCGGUGCCUGAGCUGAAGGUGGGCAUCGUGGGGAACCUGUCCAGUGGCAAGUCAGCCCUGGUGCACCGCUACCUGACCGGCACCUAUGUGCAGGAGGAGUCUCCAGAGGGUGGCCGGUUCAAGAAGGAGAUUGUGGUGGAUGGCCAGAGCUACUUGCUGCUGAUUCGAGAUGAAGGGGGCCCCCCUGAGCUCCAGUUUGCUGCCUGGGUGGAUGCAGUGGUGUUUGUCUUCAGCCUGGAGGAUGAGAUCAGCUUCCAGACCGUCUACAACUACUACCUGCGGCUCUGCAGCUACCGGAACACCGCCGAGGUGCCCAUGGUGCUGGUGGGCACACAGGAUGCCAUCAGUGCCACCAACCCGCGCGUCAUCGACGACUCCCGCGCACGGAAGCUCUCCAAUGACCUGAAGCGCUGCACCUACUACGAGACCUGUGCCACCUACGGCCUGAACGUGGAGAGGGUCUUCCAGGAUGUGGCUCAGAAGGUGGUGGCUCUCCGCAAGAAGCACCAGCUCUCCAUCGGCCCCUGCAAGUCCCUGCCCAACUCACCCAGCCACUCAUCUGUGUCUGCAGCCUCCAUUCCUUCUGUGCACAUCAACCAGGCCACCAACGGUGGAGGAGCCUUCAGUGACUACUCGUCGUCCGUGCCCUCCACCCCGAGCAUCAGCCAGCGGGAGCUGCGGAUCGAGACCAUCGCUGCCUCCAACACGCCCACCCCCAUCCGCAAGCAGUCCAAGCGGCGCUCCAACAUCUUCACGUCCCGCAAGGGCGCCGACCCGGAGCGCGACAAGAAGGUGCCCGAGUGCAAGGCGGACAGCAUCGGCAGCGGGCGGGCCAUCCCCAUGAAGCAGGGCAUUCUCCUCAAACGCAGCGGCAAGUCCCUCAAUAAGGAGUGGAAGAAGAAGUACGUGACGCUGUGUGACAACGGGGUCCUCACCUACCACCCCAGCCUGCACGACUACAUGCAGAACGUGCACGGCAAGGAGAUCGACCUGCUGCGGACCACGGUGAAGGUGCCGGGCAAGCGGCUGCCCCGCGCCACGGCCGCGCCCGGCGCCAGCCCCAAGGCCAACGGGCUGCCCAAGGACAGGAGCAGCUCCCAGCUGGCAGCAGGCACAGGUGCUCCCCACUCGACCAGCAGCACGUCCCUGCACUCGGAGCGCUCCGUCAGCGGCAUCAACCUGGUGGGUUUCAGCUCCAAGCCGGACGGGAUGCACCAGCGCUCCUACUCUGUCUCCAGUGCAGACCAGUGGAACGAGGCCGUGGCCAUCCCCGGCAGCUGCCCCAACCCCUCUAACGGUACUGCCGACUCCCUCAGCUCCAGCCCAAACAUUUCCAGUGCUGCCAGCCCAAAGCUGGAGCCGCCUCCGUCACCACAUGCCAACAGGAAAAAGCAUCGCAGGAAAAAGAGCACAGGGACAACUCGGCUGGAUGGCCCCAGCACGGCAGCAGAAGAACCAGAUGAGCCAUUUGAGUUCAUUAUCGUGUCACUGACGGGGCAGACGUGGCUCUUUGAAGCCUCAACGUCAGAGGAGCGAGAGCUCUGGGUACAGGCCAUUGAGAGCCAGAUCCUGGCCAGCCUGCAGGGCUGUGAGAGCAGCAAAAACAAGGCUCGGCUGGGCAGCCAGGGCGACGCGCAGGCCAUGCAGGCCGUCCGCACGGCGCGCGGGAACAGCUUCUGCGUGGACUGCGAUGCUCCCAAUCCGGACUGGGCCAGCCUGAACCUGGGCGCUCUCAUGUGCAUCGAGUGCUCCGGGAUCCACCGCAACCUGGGCACCCACCUGUCCCGUGUGCGCUCCCUGGACCUGGAUGACUGGCCUAGCGAGCUUCUCAUGGUCAUGACGGCCAUUGGCAACGCCCUCGCAAACGCUGUCUGGGAGGGAAUGGUGGAGGGCUACCCCAAGCCCACGCCUGAGAGCAGUCGGGAGGAGAAGGAGCGCUGGAUCCGGGCUAAGUAUGAGCAGAAGCUCUUUCUGGCCCCUCUGCCCCAGUCUGACAUCCCGCUGGGGCAGCAGCUGCUGCGGGCCGUGGUGGAGGAUGACCUGCGGCUCGUGGUGACACUCCUGGCCCAUGGCACCAAGGAGGAAGUGAACGAGACCUAUGGAGACGGAGACGGGCGCACAGCACUGCAUCUCUCUUGCGCAAUGGCCAAUGUGGUCUUCACACAGCUGCUCAUCUGGUACGGAGUGGAUGUGAAGAGCCGGGACGCUCGGGGCCUGACUCCACUGGCCUAUGCCCGGCGAGCAGGCAGCCAGGAGUGCAUCGACAUCCUGCUGCAGCACGGCUGCCCCAGCGACAGUGCCGCCACGCUGACCCCCAGCCUGCCGCGCCGCAACGCCAACGCCAACAACAACGCCGCGCCCGUGGAGCUCAGCGCCGGCCCCGGCACGGGCUAGUCCGGCACUGCCCUCUGCUCACUGCACCCGUGGAGCUCAGCCCUGGCACGGACUAGCCCAGCGCUGCCCUCUGCUCACCAUGACCAUGGAGCUCAGCCCCAGCACGGGCUAGCCCGGCAUGGCCCUCUGCUCACCAUGACCAUGGAGCUCAGUGCCAGCCCCAGCACAGGCUAGCCCAGCACUGCCUUCUGCUCACUGUGCCCAUGGAACUCAGCCCUGGCACGGGCUAGCCCGGCAUGGCCCUCUGCUCACCGCACCCAUGCAGCUCAGUGCUGGCCCUAACACGGGCUAGCCUGGCACAGCCCUCUGCUCACCAUGCCCAUGCAGCUCAGUGCCAUUCCCAGCAUGGGCUAGCCUGGCACUCUGCUCAUUGUGCCCAUGCAGCUCAGCCCCGGCACAGGCUAGCCUGGCACUGCCUUCUGCUCACUGUGCCCGUGGAGCUCAGCACUGGCCCAGGCUAGCCCAGCACAGCCUCUGCUCACCGCACCCAUGCAGCUCAGUGCUGGUCCUAGCACGGGCUAGCCCGGCACAGUCCUCUGCUGACUGUGCCCAUGGAGCUCAGCCCCGGCACAGGCUAGCCUGGCACGGCCCUCUGCUCACCGUGCCCAUGCAGCUCAGUGCCGUUCCUGGCACAGCCUCUGCCCGUGCACAGCUGCCCUGCAGCCCUGCCGCGGAGCAGGGCCGCAGGAGCGGCUCUGAGAGCCCCACAGUCCCUGCCCCAGCAGAACCCCGCUGCAGGCAGGAGAGGCUGGGAGCCAGCUGGGAGCCAGGUCUGCUCCCCUGCGCUCGUUCCAGCCGCCUCUGGCCGUGUCGCUGUGCAGAGCCCGUGCUGGCAGCUUGUGAGGGCUCCUGCACAAUCCUGGGGUGGCUCCAGGGCGCCCCGCUCCCGUGACCGGUACGUGCAUGGGGAGCAGUGUCUCCUGCUCCCCACACACAUCUGUAGAUAAAGCAGGGGCUGGGGGCAGCUCAGCUGUGUGGCCUCCCCUGCACAGCAGCACCAGGGAGGCUGAUGGCUGCGCCUGCUCCCUCAGGGAGGUCAGUGUGGUCACUUCCCUCCUGCUCUCCCUCCGUGUUGGCCUUGCCACGCCCCCAGUGCGGUGCUGAGGUGGGGGGCAGCAGGAGGUGCGUGUUUCUCCAUUGCACCCCAAAGCUCCUCUGCUUCUGGCCAGUGCGGGAGGGCUGCACGCACCCAGACUGCUCCCCGUGUGCUGAUGCAAGGGUGGCGCCUCCCCAGCACUGCCCCUGGACAAAGGCCUCCCCAGCCUCCCUGCUGACCUAGAGGGGAAAGAGGAUGGUCACCUCGGGAUCCCCAGCUCUGUCUGUCUGUCUGUAGAGUCACUGUCCUUCCAGGUUAAAGCUCCAAGCCAUACACAGUGUCUCCAUCAGAGCCUCCCGCUGGCUCCCGCUGCUGCCCAGGUGGGGCUGGUCUCCAGCUGAGCAAGAGGAGAGGAGAGGAGCAUCUCUCUGCAUUGGGGUCAAGCCUCUAGCUGAAUGCUGGAACCUCAAGGCUUUGGACACUGCUAUGGAAUGUCUCUGUCACUUGUGUAUAAAAUGUACAUUGGAAAUAUUUAUAUGGACACUCUGUAUAUACGGUUUCUUUUCCAUAAGUUGCCCUGUGUGUGUUAUCUGCAGCCAAGGAGAUAAAGGCCAAUAAAGCAACCCACCUCCUGCCAGG